CUUACUAAGUGAAAAUCAUCAAUCGAUUCGGGCUUAAAAAUAUAUUUGUUAAAAAGGACAUGAGGGUUCUAACUACAUAUUGUUUAGUAAUAAUACUAGCUGACCUGACUAUGGGAUCAACAGAUGACAUCUGUGAACAUACGCCUGCUGCCGAUGGCUUUGGACUUACGUCAUGCGCAGAUUACACGAAUAUGUUUUCCUAUUAUCCCGACAAAAAAGAAUGUUUAGAGUUCUCUUAUGGCGGUUGUGGAGGAAACGAAAAUAGGUUCGAAACUAAAGCACUUUGUGAAGCUGAGUGCAAAAAGUAAUUUUUUAACGCCUUUAUGUUUGUGGAUUAACAGAUUUAUGUUGUUGUUAAAGUGAGCAUUUACCAUGCCUAAAAACGGAAUAAUAAAGACCUUGUUGUAUA